CUCAUUCUUCCAUCUCAUUUCUCUCUCUCUCCACCAUUUUCCAUCUUCACUCCCACACCAUCACACUCCACCAUGUCAGCAGCCGCGGCAGCUGCGGUUCUCAGCCGUUGCAGCCCAACCAACAGCACCACCUCAAGCUCCGACGUCGUUUUGCUAAUCAACCACCAACACCAACAACAGCAGCAGCAGCAACAACCACUACCGUCGUCUGGUCCGGCUUCGGCUUCUCUGAGCCGCUACGAGUCGCAGAAACGGCGGGACUGGAACACCUUCGGGCAGUACCUCAAGAACCACCGCCCUCCCCUCACGCUCUCCCGGUGCAGCGGAGCCCACGUGCUGGAGUUCCUCCGCUACCUCGACCAGUUCGGGAAGACAAAGGUUCACACCGACACGUGUCCUUUCUACGGCCAGCCACACCCGCCGGCGCCCUGCUCUUGUCCCCUCAAGCAGGCCUGGGGAAGCCUGGACGCGCUCAUAGGAAGGCUCCGGGCAGCCUUCGAGGAGAACGGAGGGCAGCCGGAGACCAAUCCGUUUGGUGCACGCGCCGUCAGACUCUACCUCCGUGAGGUGAGGGACUCUCAGGCCAAAGCCAGAGGAAUAGCUUAUGAGAAGAAGAAGAGGAAGAAACCAAUGCAACAUCACAGUAUCAUCAGUACGACACCGUUUCAGUCAAUGCCCUCAACGCUGACCACGGCAGAUCAUCGUCAUGGUUAUGAUCAUCAUCAACAACAACAACCACAGCAGCAACAACAUCAUAAUCUGGUAGUUGACCAAUCUCAGACCAAUAGCAUUGUUGGAUCGGGUUCAUCAAAUGGUAGAAGCUCUUUGAGCUCAAUGAUACCUCUGUCAGUGUUAAACUAGCUAGCUUAUUAGAACAAAUAUAAUACAUGUGCUUGUUAGCUAUGUUUAUAUAUCUAUCUAUAUAUAACCAUAUAUGUACUUUCUUCUUUUUUCUUUUUUGUUGUUUUUGGACUUAUUGGUAGUGUUUAAUAUGGGUAGCUAGCAAGAUCUUUAGAUAGAUGUAUUUUGGGCAGUUUUUUACCAUUUGGGGGUUAGAUGGGAUGAUGAUUUGAACACUACCUGCCUUAAAUGUUAUGAUAAUUAAGCAAUGUUAUGUGUUUCUUGAUGUGCUAGAAUAUAUUAUAAUAACUUCAUUUUGGCUUAAAUAA